AUGCCACGCGCUGCAGCUGCACGCCUGGCGACCUCGCUGUUCCUCGCAGGGUGUUCCUCUUCCCGCACUUCGGGCUUCCGCGUGCAUGCACUCGCCAGCUCGGCGAUCAUCCGGAAGGUAGCAGGAGCAGCAUCAGGAGGGGUAGGGGGGGCACCGCCACUGCUUUUUCCGCGGGGCCCCGGUCCCGGAGGAGCGGGAAACGCGCGGAGCCUUUCAACGGCAAAAAUGAACGCGAACAGGCCUAGCUCGUUGUCAUCGGGAGGCCAUGCGGAGUCAUUUUCGCACGAGGAGGGGGAAGCAGUCCGUCUUCCAGGAGGUAUCACCAGCGUCGACCACACGUUUCGCGUCCCGCUGGAGUGGGGACGGAGGGCGGGAGGAGGAGAGGGUAGUGAUGCCGAUGGCCGUCGUCAACCGCCCGCUGAUAUCGAGGUGUUUGCAAGGGAGCUUGUGCUUACCAAGCACGUGGGCGACAAGGAUCGACCUUUUCUCCUCUUCUUGCAGGGGGGGCCGGGGUUUCCGGCCCCCAGGGUGUCCCGUCCGGAGGGGUGGUGGGGCCGCGCCCUGAAGGAGUUCCGAGUGAUAAUGCUGGACCAGCGGGGGACGGGGCGGAGUAGCCCCGUGACUCACAAAACGCUCGCGGAGAUGGACGGCCCCGAGACGCAGGCGAAAUUUCUGGAAAAUUUCCGCGCGGACUCCAUCGUCGAAGACUGCGAAGCGGUGCGGCGCGAACUAGCCGGGGGGGACGCAAAGUGGACCGUGUUGGGGCAGUCCUUCGGGGGCUUCUGCCUGCUCACGUACCUCUCCAAGCACCCGGGCUCGCUGAGCGCCGGCCUCUUUACCGGGGGACUUCCUCCCGUGGGAAGGACGCCUGACGAGGUGUACCGAGCCACCUACCGCAGGGUGGCCGAGAGAAAUAGUCGUUUCUACAAGCGGUACCCGGGGGACGUCGACAAGGUGAAGACCAUCCUCAGGCACGUGCGCGACCGAGACGUCGAACUCCCCGCCGGAGGUGUCUUGACGCCGGGGAGGUUCCUGCAGCUGGGCUUGGCCCUGGGAGGAGGGGGGGGCUUCGAGAGCCUCCACUACCUGCUGGAAAACGCUUUCGAUGCCAGAGGAGAACUGUCGUUCUCGUUUCUCCGUGAGGUCGAAAACCGACAGUCCUACGAUACUAACCCCAUCUACGCGAUCAUGCACGAGUCCAUCUACCUCUCCGGUGACGGGGUGGAGGGCCCGUCCGGCUGGUCGGCCGAGCGUGUGCUUGCCCAAGACCCCGAGGUGGCUUCGUUGUUCGACUGGGAGGGCGCUCUGGAGGAAGGAAGCGCACGGCCUGCCUACAUGGUCGCGGAGAUGAUCUACCGAUGGAUGUUCGACGGGCCGUACUCGUGCCUGUUCGGGUUGAAAGAUGCGGCGGAACUUCUGGCGAGUAAAGAGGGAUGGCCGGCACUGUACGACCGCAGCGCCCUAGAAAAGUGCGACGUUCCCUGCGCCGCCGCGGUGUACUACGACGACAUCUACGUGGAGCGAGAGUUUUCGGACGAGACCUCCAGGAUCAUGCCGGACUGCAAGAUCUGGGUAACGAACCGCUACCAGCACUCCGGCUUGAGAGAGGACGGAGACAAGGUUCUGGACACCCUGCUGGGCAUGACGAGGGGAGAGAUCGAGCUGCCCUCUUGAGUUGACUAUUAUAAUAGCUGCCCUCUUGCAUCGACUAUUUUUUCUUCAGCGUUGGCAACGAGGACGGAUCGAGCUCCCUGAAUGAAUUACAGCGGUGUGCCCUCAACAACGCCGGAUGAGUAACGCCGGUAUAGCGCCGGUGGAAAUGCUGGGCACGCGCUACUAAACCACCAAGUCACUCUG